AUGUCGCAGGCGUCAGCUGCCAAGAGCGGCGGCGCCGGUGACUCGGCGUCGAGCCCCGGGAAAAACGCGUCGGCGUCGGCCUCGCCUCCGGAAGCCUCCGCAUACGUGAAGCCGCGCAGCUGUGCGGUGUGUCGCAGCCGCAAGGUCCGCUGCGACAAGUUGUCGCCGUGCUCGAAUUGCCGCCGGGCCAAUAUUGCCUGUGUCGUGCCGUCCAACGAUCGCCCUCCGCGGUGGGCUCGGCGCCUUGAGCGCAUCACUAACAAUGCGGCGUCCACUGAAACGGCGCUGCAGGAGUCCGAGGGGGCGCGCCAGGUCAUGGAGAGGCUGCGCAAUCUCGAGAGCCUCGUCAAGGAACUGAGUGGCCAGCUUGAGCAGGCAAACGCCGCCGCUAGUUCUGCUGCGGGUUCGUCCACCGUCAACUCUCCUGGGACGUCUACACAAGAGGGAGACGCAGACCGCCAGAUGAGCACGCCGUCAACCACGAGCGCUACAGCAAUGCAGAAGCACUUUGGACGGCUCGUUCUCCAGGAUACAAGUCAGAGCCAUUAUGUCGGCAGCGGCUUCUGGUCCCGUGUCAGCGACGAGCUUGAUGGGCUGAAGAUAGAUACCCGGCAGCUGGCAAGCGAUGAUUCUGAUACAUCAGACGACGGAGAAUCACCUGAAAAGUCACCUCCCACCCAUGAGCUUGAUCGUACGCCCUCGGAGCGUCAUGCGUUCUUGUUCCAGCACAACCUAGUCUCAUCCGCGCCCGACCCACGCGAGUUUCGCAUUCUACCGUCCCAGAUACCUUUUCUCCUGGAUACAUUUUCCGAAAAUGUAAACAUCUUCUUACAUAUUGUCCACAUGCCGACCGUCAGUAAAAUGAUGCGCGGGAUGCAUGGAAACGAUGUGUCAAGUCUCACACCGGCCAACGAGGCCUUGAUGUUUGCAAUCUCCUACGCAGCUGUUACAUCUAUGGAGGAGGAGGAUGUCAUGACCAAUUUUGGCUCCACGAAAGCAGACCUCAAUCUCAAGUAUCGACUCGGCUUAGAGCAUGCCCUAGCCAAGGCCGAUUUUCUCAAUGUCCCCGACAUUGUGCUAGUCCAAGCCUUUGCCAUUUUUCUGUUUCUGGUUCGCCGCCAUGAUAGUCCAAGGUUCGUAUGGAUGAUGACGGGCCUUGUCAUCAGAAUGGCCCAGGCUAUCGGACUGCACCGGGACGGUUCCAAUUUCCAAAACCUGCCUCCCUUUGAAGUGGAGAUGCGACGAAGAGUCUGGUGGGCGCUCUGUAUGCUGGACAUACGGGCGUCGGAGGACCAGGGGACGGAUUUUACCAUCACUAGCGGCAGCUUCGAUACCAAACUCCCUUUGAACAUCAACGACGCAGAUAUCGAUCCCGAGGUCAAGGAGAUGCCACCUGCUCGCAAAUCCUUUACUGACAUGACAUUUGCGCUCGUCUCGCACGAGAUUUGCGAGAUCGUUAGGCAGAUGAUGGCUCCAGGGCCCAAGCACAGUGGGCCAAGUGUCGAAGAGCAGAGCCGCCUCCUAAACACCCUGCAUGAGAAACUUGAAGGGAGGUACCUUGAAUAUUCAUCAGAAUCCAAAAAUGUCGCAUACCAAGCUGCGGUUACUUCUACCCGCCUUGUGAUAGGCAAGAUGAAGCUUUUGGUCUACCUCCCUAUUCUUUUCUCCUCUCCGAGCGAGCACUUCUCAGAUGAGAUUCGCGACAAACUGCUGGUCGCCGGACUGGAGGUCGCCGAGUACAACCAUGCUCUCAACUCCGAGAAGGAAUACACUCCAUGGCGCUGGAUUUUCCAAACCUACACCCAUUGGUACGCCAUCGUCUUCCUCUUCAUCGAGAUUUCUCGCCGCCAGUGGUCGCCCAUCGUUGAACGAGCUUGGGUCGCUCUCCAUAGCAGCUGGUUGAUCCCAACCCAUGCCAAGAUGGACAAGAACUUGCGAACCUGGCUCCCGCUGCGGAAGCUCAUGUCCAAAGCUCGCAAGCAUCGCGCCGCAGAGCUCGAGCGGCUACGUGGCGAUGCAUCCGCCAUUGCACAGCGGGAGAUGGGUGACCGCAACAUUCCCGCUCCAGCCAGUUCUGGACCAUUUCCGGAAGGGAAAGCCGAGGAGCUCUUUCACCAACACUGGCGCAGUCUUUUCAGUAUGCCAGUGGACCAUGGUAGCCAAAAAUACGUUUCUGGAACUCCCGGGGUAGGUGAUUCGCCUCCGUCGAUUGUGGUGCAGGGAAUCGAUACGUCACAACAGAAUAUUAUCUCUGAGCCGGCAAAUUGGCAGCAGGAUAUGUGGCCCAACCCGAGUUUCCAGCCUGUCGACCAAGCUGUAAAUUCUCACUUUGGCGACCAAGGCCCGAUCAACACAUCCGCGAACCCGAAUUUGACCAAAGCCAUGAAUUCUCAGAGCGGAUUGGUCCCUGGAUUGGCCCCUGGGAAGACUGAAGAGUCCUCACACAGCACGCCGUCUACCCUGCCGACAGAGUGGUCAGAUCCCCAGCUGAUAGGCCCCGGCUUCACCCCUUGGCUAUGGGCUGACGCGGAUCCAAUGGUUGACGUUUUUGCUGAUGUGGAUGUGAAUAUGGAUAUGGACGGGGAGAUUGACUGGAAUAAUUGGUUGGAAUUUGCCAAUGGCAUGGAGGAGGGUAUGAGGCCGGAUGGAGCUGUUGGCAGUUGGCCCAUGCCCAUGUCGUAA